AUGCACCACCUCACAUCUCCCACAGACCCUACAGCCACCCCAACCCCCACAGCCGCCAUACCCCCACAGUCACACCACCCAAGCCCCCAUAGUCACCAACCCACAAAGCAACCCACCGGCCCCCACAGCCAGCCACCGACCAGCCCCACAGUCACCCCAAUUCACCUACCUCCACAGUCACACACCCACCCACAGUCACCCACCGACCCCCACAGCCCGCCACUGAGCAGCUCCCCACAGCCACCCCAACCCCACAGUCACCAACCUCCACAGCUACCAUACCCUCAUCCUCCACAGCCAGCCACCCCACAGCAUCCCCGACAUCCACCACCCCACCCAUCCCCCCACAGUACGUCACCCCCACCCCCAGCACACAGCCACCCCACCCCCACAAUCACCCAACCAUCCCCACAGUCACCCACCCUCACUGCCACCUUACCCCCACAGCCACCACAGCUACCCAGCUACCAGCCCUCACACCCCCCAGCCACCACACCACAAAGCCCUCACAGCCAGUUCACUCCCACAUUCCCCACACCCGCACAGUCCCCUACAACCACCUCACCCACCACAGUCCACCACCCUGCGUCAUGA